UUCUACCUUCGGACUGAUAUUGCCAUAUAUUCACAGUUUCUCCAGGCGCUGAGUGCCACUUCUCUACAACCGUUGCAGGGGAAAUGGAUGCCUUUUCUUCCUCUUUCCUCUCCACUUUCUCUCUCCCCAAUCUCUCUCCACCGCCUUCUAACCCUCCUCUCCUCAACAUCUCCGCCGUCAGGAUCGAAGAAAAACCACCAUCCACGGCGACGACCGCUUCUCCCACUCGAACAUCUCAGCCUUCAAAGAAGCCAAAUUCAGCUUUACCAGUUCCUCAAAGACCCACUUCGAAAAGAGCACCGCCUCCGACGCCGGUGCGUCCUGCCCCGUCUCUGCCCACGACUAUCUUCAACGCAUUCGACGACAUCAUCAAUAACUUCAUCGACCCUCCUCGCGGACAAGCGCUGGACCCGAAACACGUCCUCUCCGACAACUUCGCGCCGGUCGACGAGCUCCCCCCGACAGAGUGCGAGGUGGUGGAGGGCGCCCUCCCGCCUUGCCUGGACGGCGCCUACAUCCGCAACGGCCCCAACCCGCAGUUCCUGCCUCGCGGGCCCUACCACCUCUUCGACGGCGACGGCAUGCUCCACGCCAUCCGCAUCUCCGGCGGCCGCGCCACCCUCACCAGCCGCUACGUGAAGACCUACAAGUACACCGUCGAGCGCCAAACCGGCUCCCCAGUUAUCCCCAACGUCUUCUCCGGCUUCAAUGGCCUCACCGCCUCGGCGGCGCGUGGCGCGGUGACAGCCGCUAGAGCCCUAGCCGGGCAGUUCAAUCCCACCAACGGCAUAGGCCUCGCCAAUACCAGUCUGGCUCUGAUCGGAGAUAAUCUCUUCGCUCUCGGGGAAUCCGACCUCCCUUACUCCAUAAAGCUGUCGCCAGACGGCGAUAUAGUGACUCUGGGCCGGCACGACUUCGACGGGAAGCUGUUGGUGAGCAUGACGGCGCACCCCAAGAUUGACGCCGACACGGGCGAGGCCUUCGCUUUCCGGUACGGGCCGGUGCCGCCGUUUCUGACAUUAUUCCGGUUCAACUCGGACGGGACCAAGCAACCGGACGUUCCUAUUUUCUCCAUGACAAGACCUUCGUUCCUUCAUGACUUUGCCAUCACGGAAAACUAUGCCAUCUUUCCCGACAUACAAAUGGGCAUGGAUCCAGUGGGUAUGAUAAUGGGGGGUUCGCCGGUGGGUACGGACUCCACGAAAGUGCCCAGGCUGGGAGUGAUCCCGCGGUACGCCAAGGACGAAUCAGAGAUGAAGUGGUUCGACGUCCCGGGCUUCAACAUCAUUCAUGCAAUCAACGCGUGGGAGGAGGACGCCGGCCGGACGGUGGUGGUGAUAGCGCCCAACAUAUUGGCGGUCGAGCACACCUUGGAGCGCAUGGAUUUGAUCCACUCCUCCAUCGAGAAGGUCAGGAUCGACCUCCAAACCGGCGCCGUCUCCAGACACCCCGUCGCCGCCAGAAAUUUGGACUUCGCUGUGAUCAAUCCCAAAUACACCGGAAAGAGGAACAGGUAUGUGUACGCGGCGGUCGGGGAUCCGAUGCCGAAGAUAACGGGCGUGGUGAAGCUGGACCUGGCGUCCUCGGAAUGCGACCGCCGGGACAGCACGGUGGCAACGAGGAUGUUCGGGCCGGGAUGCUACGCCGGCGAGCCGUUCUUUGUGGCGAGGCAGCCGGAUGAUCCUGACGCCGACGAGGACGACGGCUACGUGGUGACGUACGUUCACGAUGAGAACGCGGGAGAGUCGAAGUUCUUGGUGAUGGAUGCGAAGUCGCCGGAGCUUGACAUAGUGGCGGCCGUCAAGCUCCCCCGACGGGUGCCGUAUGGCUUCCACGGCCUCUUCGUGAGGGAAAGCGACCUCAAAAAGCUGUGAAUUUUGAAGAUCGAUUCGAUUUUCGAGAUUUAAUGGAGGCCAUAUGAAAUUUAUAUUGGAUAAUGCUAGAUGGCCAAUCUGUGUGACAAUUUAGUUGACAAUUCAAUUAAAAUUACAUAUUUGCCCUCA